AUGACUUCUAGAAGCAAUUGGUUCAAUGAACAUCCGAAGUUUCAACAAAUUUUAUCCAACGGAUUCGACAAAUACAAUCCAUCUUCAUCGAGAACCGCCAUGUUGGUUUAUCUUGAGCUGUGUGAACGCAAGCAUUGGUUUGAAGUCGAAAUUCACCCUUGUGACUCAUUAAAACGCGUCUUYAUUACUGGCAAACCUCGCAAGAAAGCAAAGAAGGAGGCUGUUGUACCUGUUUGUGUUGAAACAGAGUUCAGUGUUGACGAUUUACGGAGUAUUGUCAGCGAGAUUUCGACAUGCUGCAAGGAACUCGACCUCGACUUGUCUGGUAAUCCAGGAGUAAUUCUAGGCAUUUGUGAAUCAGAUUCAAGUAUUGUUUAUUAUAAAGUCUAUCAAGGACUUGAACAACCUGGGCAACUAAUGUUAGGUGAAUUAGAACAAGAGGAAAAAUAA